AUAACCCAAGGAGAAAUGUGUUUUCUAACUAACCAGAAUGGCCAGAACUCUGUGGGGUCAGGGCAGGGGUGCAGGGUUCUGCUGGGCCGCUGGGGGCGGUGCCUCGCAUUCGCGUCACUUAAUAACCACAGAAGAAGAAGUUCGGGUCGUUACCUGUCUCUGGAAGCGGUCCUAAACACAGCUACGGACCAUCUACCGAACCGAGCCGGGAUUAGUAUGAACGAUUCGGAAGGAAUCCGGUUCCGGCGGCUAAACCGUCCGCAGGUCAUCACGGAGGAACUUCCAGAGCGGCGACACAAAGGAUCCAGUACCUACAGCGGGAAGGUGUUCAAGGUCAUCCUGCUGUCGUUGGGGGGUUUCCUGCUUCUUCCUCUCCUCGUCAUCAUCCUCAUUCUGGAGUCACCCAUCCAGCCAGAGGUCUUCAGACUAAAGGAGCCCCCACCAAUGAGGGGAUGUUGGGAGUCUAACCUGAAGCUCAGAGAAGCCCAGAGACUCUUUGAAAACCAGAUCAUUGGGCCUGAAUCCAUCGCUAACAUUGGAGAUGUCCUCUUCUCUGGAACAGCUGAUGGGAAAAUCGUGAAGCUGAGUGGUCGAAGAAUUGUUACGGUGACCAGGCUUGGGAAAGAGCCAUGUGGUUCUACAGCAGAUGAGCCCAGCUGUGGUCGGCCACUGGGCAUCAGAGUCGGACCCAACGGCACUCUGUUUGUAGCUGACGCCUACCUGGGCUUGUUUGAGGUCAGCCCCACGACAGGCGAAGCAACCCGCUUGGUGGCAGGAGGUCAGGUGGUCGCUGGCAGGAAGCUAUCAUUCAUCAACGACGUGACUGUGACGCAGGAUGGAAAGAAGGUGUACUUCACCGACUCCAGCAGCAGGUGGCAACGUAGAGACUACAUGCACCUGAUUAUGGAGGCCACCGCUGACGGACGGGUGUUGGAGUACGACACAGAAACCAAAGAGCUGACUGUCAUCAUGGAAAACCUGCGAUUCCCAAACGGCAUCCAGCUGCUUCCCGAUGAAGAGUCUGUUCUUGUGGCAGAGACCACCAUGGCCCGCAUCCGCAGGGUCCAUGUAGCUGGUCUGAACAAAGGGGGGAUGGAUACGUUCGUCGACAAUCUGCCUGGCUUUCCUGACAACAUCCGGCCAAGCUCAACUGGAGGUUACUGGGUGGCCAUGUCUGCUGUAAGACCGAACCCUGGCUUCUCGAUGCUGGACUUCUUGUCCCAGAGACCCUGGAUCAAAAAACUCAUUUUCAAGCUCUUCAGUCAAGACGUGCUGAUGAAGUUUGUUCCGCGGUACAGUUUAGUGGCGGAGCUUCAUGAUGGUGGCAUCUGCACACGGAGCUUUCAUGACCCCAACGGCCUGGUGACGGCCUACGUCAGCGAGGUCCACGAGUACGAUGGGCACCUCUACCUGGGCUCUUUUCGCUCACCGUACAUCACCAAGCUUGAUCUGCAGAAGGUGCAGUAAAUGAAAGUCAUAAAAAAGAAACAUCUGAAAAGUGAAAAUGGAUGUUUGGGAUAUUUGUGACUGGCCAAUCAGGAGGAAGCGUAACAACCACCUGGCUGUUGGCACGUCUAAUCCUUUUCUGCAGCCAUGUAAGAAACGAAGAUUAAAGUCCCGACACUGGUGACCUGCGUCUCCCCUGCUGGUUGUAAUUCAUGUUUUCUUAGAUCAGAACCUGCUGCCAAACUUGGUAUAGACCUGAAUAACCUUCUGGAUGCGUGUUCGGGAAGGACUCCAAAUGUCUGGUCAGACUUCAUUUGAUUUAUUGGAUUUUAUUUUAUUUUUUAUUUCAGUACAAUUUUGACAGCUAAUUACAUUCGACGCAUUACAACUUAGUGGAAACAUGUGAGAAAAUUCCUUGAAAUCAGAAAAUGGAGACUAGUUUGCACCGUGCAGCUUCAAACUCACCGGCUGGCUACUUUCAUCGGGCUUCUGUCAGUUCCAACGAUACAAAUCACACCUUUAUCAUUUUAGACGAUUGUUAAAUGUGUUCACGUUGACCUCUUGAGGGUGUUGGUCAUGCUAACUCACCCUGCUACGUGUUAGCAUGCUACAUGUAAGGCUGUGGUUUGAAUCCGUUACAGAACCAGGAGUCCCGCCAGGGUUCCGUCUACUCAUUUUAUGUUUCAAGCUCAAAUGUGGAUUUUUUAAGCCUUUUGACUUCAUGUUGAUUAUUUUCUUCAUCGUAUCUUCAUCGACGAGCCUACUGCAGGUUAUGUUCUGCAGGUCUAUAAAUUAGUUAGCCUAAAAUAAAGAGUUUUGGCAUCUAAAAUAUCAGAAGUUUGUGAGUCCUUUCUUAUUUUCUGUGAGUUGAACAUCUUGCUCCUCCUCCUCCUCCUCAUGAUGAGGACACCACGUAUGAUUUGGCUGGAAAAAACCAACCGGGGGUGAUUUCUUCUCCUUAGAUCAGAUGUUUCAUCUGUGUUUUGUUUAAGAAGAAACAAAUCCUCAGCUUGUAUUGUUGAUGCUUAUUUUUGUAAAUAAUUUUAACAUUCAGGCAUAAAUGGAUUUGUCAGAUUUUUACAUUUAAUGUAAAUAUUCAGCAGUUUUGGUUUUAUUUUAGGACUUCAUUUAGAUAAUUUAUUCUUUUGAUGAAUUUGUUCUGUUGUCACUUUGUUCUCAUUCAAAGUCAGUCAAAUAAAACAUGAAUUCUUUUCACGUUUGAACUCAGAA